CGAUCUUCGGUGUCCGUUUCCUAAACUACAUUACCCGAGAUGUGUUACAGAAAGAAAAAAAAAAAAUCAAACAAAUUAAUACCUGGCUGCAGCAAUGUCAGGAGUCUUGAGCGACAGUCGUCGGUGAAGGGUUAUUCCUCUGGUGCCCGCUAGGCCGCAGUGAAACACAGGAAAGCGGAAACGGCCGGAAGGCAGCGAAGAAGUCGAAUAACCGUGUUGUUCAGCAUGUACCCGGAAAAUUUAGAUUAAAUAGUUAAGGUCUAUAAUGAAGUAGUUUAUGCGUUUUGUAGCAUUUUUACUCUCGGAAAUUGAUAACUCUGAAUUCCUUGUAAUUAUUUGAGCCUUUUAAAGUUAUCUGCAGUUGUUAGACGCUAGCAGAGCAGGCUGAAUGAGGCCGCUCGGUGUUUAGCGUUAAUGUUUGUUUACUGAGGUUUCGGCUGCUAUGUAAGCUGCUUUCGUGCCGUCGUUUCAAUGGGGAAAAGGAAAGACAUGAUUCACCCCAGAUUUCUCGGUGAUGGCGGCUCCAGCUUGCACAACGCUCACAAGCGUAAACACAAAAAACACAAGAAGCACAAGAGGAAGCACCACAGCUUCCCUGAGGCUCCGGAGCCCGAGCCUGUCGCGGUGCCUCGGCCUCCGCCUCAGCUCCGACUCAAGAUCAAACUGGGAGGACAGACGCUGGGGACCAAGAGUGUUCCCACCUUCACCGUCCACCCCGGUGUGGCUCGUCCUCCCUCGCCAUUAAUGAUCAUUGAUAACGACGUUGAUGAUGACGAAGAUGAUGAUGACGACGAAGAUGACGAUGAUGAGCCCUCUGUACCUCUGGAGCAAUAUCGGGCCUGGCUGGAUGAAGACAGCAACCUGGCCACGUCCCCUCUGCCAGACAUGGACUCAGACUCCAUGCUGGGCGGACCCGUGGACGAGGAGGAGCGGUGGCUGGACGCUCUGGAGAAGGGCGAGCUUGAUGACAAUGGAGAGCUGAAGAAGGAGAUUGAUGAGUCUCUGCUCACUGCCAGACAGAAAGCUUUGCUACACAAGCAACAGAGUCAGCCUCUCCUGGAGCUCCCCAUGGGCUACAAGGAGAAAGAGAUGACUGCCGAGAUGAUGCAGAAGCGGGAGGAACGUGCCCGAAAGAGACGCCUGCAAGCCGCCAAGAAGGCUGAAGAGAACAAGAACCAGACGAUAGAGAGACUGACGAAGACCAGCAAGGCCAAGAUCAAAAGCAUGAAAGAGAGGAAGUCCAAGCAGAACCAGUGUCCCAUGGUUCGGUACAGUGACUCCGUGCAGGGAAUGGCCAUCUCCUUCCCCGCUGGGGUUCCUGCUCCGGCUCCGGCCCUUCCCUGUCCUCCACCUCCGGCCCCAAUGAACUGCGGUGUGAGUGGGUGCACAAACCUCAAGAAGUACUCCUGCUCCAAGACUGGAGUUCCUCUCUGCAGCCUUGAGUGCUACAAGAGGAACCUGCUGCUCGUGCAGAAUGCAGCAUGAACCUCGGACACGGGUUUAUGUUUGUGGAUGGAUUUUGGUUCGGUUUCUAACACACUGGGAUAUGACGAUGGCAUUUGUGAGUGAAUGGACACUCAUGGCUCUGAGGUGACUUUAUCAAAAUGCUUUUUUUCGUGUGUACAUGUGUCAUAAUAAUGAUUUUCUGUGCUUGUCCAAUUAUGUACAAAAUCUAAAAGAUUAAAAUCUGUGUACAAAUCAAAUAU